UAGCUUUCCCAUAUCAAAGUUUAUUUAAGGAGAAUAGAUUGAUUUAAAGUGUAAACUACCCCCAUAACACAGGGUUAGGUGCAAGAAUGUAAAACCAACCCCAAAACACCUACCAACCCUUUCCCCAUCCCUCUCUAUUUCCUUGUGUAAACAUAAUUACUUGACCACCUAAUUUAGGUGAAAGAAUGUAAACCUGCCAUCUACCUACGCCUCCUUCUCCUUCUUAAAUUAGGUUUUCAGCCACACCUAACAAAGGUUAAGGCCUUAUACAACCUUCCUUAAGCGUGUUCUUCCCAACUUACAGGGAUUCUUGAUCUGAAACCCUAAACGGUGCUUCUUCUCAGAGAACUUCAGUUUGGCCUUUCACAAUCUACUUGCAGCACCAUGUCAAGCUUGGAGAAGCCACUUGUUUUUGAUAGGAUUCAGAAAUUCUCUUCUAGUGUUUGCAGGUCAAGAAGAUCAGAUGAUGUUGACCAAGGAACAGGUUGUAGCACAUCCAAUAGCUGCAAUGAAGAGUAUGCAAGUGACUACUUCUCCUUCAACCAAGAGGCUUUCAGCUUUGGCAGAAAUCACAAGGUUUUCAGAAGUAGUUUCGGAUCAUUGUUCUUGUCAGAUGAUGAAUGUAACUUCAAGACCAUUUGCAAUGAAAAAGAUGCAACACGUAGGUUCCUGAAAGGAAUAGGAUUACCAAAGUUUGUGAAGAUAGUAGAAGUUGGUCCAAGGGAUGGCCUACAAAAUGAGAAGAAGAUAGUAUCUACAGCUAUAAAGAUUGAGCUGAUCCAGAGGCUGGUUUCUUCUGGGUUAUCUGUCGUUGAGGCUACGAGUUUUGUUUCACCCAAAUGGGUUCCUCAGCUAGCAGAUGCAAAGGAUGUAAUGGAAGCGGUGCGCAAUCUUGAGGGUGGUGCUACAUUGCCUGUUCUAACACCUAAUCUGAAAGGCUUUGAAGCAGCAGUUGCAGCUGGUGCUAAGGAAGUAGCGAUUUUCGCAUCAGCUUCCGAGUCAUUUUCAAAGGUGAACAUCAAUUGUACCAUUGAAGAAAGCCUCAUUCGUUACCGAGCUGUUACUCGUGCUGCAAAGGAGCUUUCGAUCCCUGUUCGAGGGUAUGUAUCUUGUGCCAUUGGAUGUCCAGAAGAGGGAGCUAUUCAUCCAUCAAAAGUUGCUUAUGUAGCAAAACAACUCUUUGACAUGGGGUGCUUUGAGAUUUCUCUCGCCGACACGACUGGAGUUGGUAACCCAAGGACUGUUGUGCCAAUGCUUGAAGCUGUGAAGGCUGUUGUUCCAGUUGAGAAGCUGGCUGUUCAUUUCCAUGACACUUAUGGGCAGUCUCUUCCGAAUAUUCUGGUCUCUCUUCAGAUGGGCAUUGGCACAGUCGACUCCUCUGUUGCAGGUUUAGGUGGGUGUCCAUAUGCUAAGGGAGCUUCCGGUAACGUUGCCACUGAAGAUGUAGUAUACAUGCUCAGUGAACUUGGGCUGGAAACCAAUGUGGAUUUGGACAAGCUCCUGAAGGUUGGUGAUUUCAUCAGCAGGCAUUUGGGUCGCCCAACUGGUUCAAAGAUCGCCAUUCCCUCAAGUUCUGUGAAAGCUGAUGACUCUCAGGUUUAAGUUCUGAUUG